GAAGAAGAAAGAUGAGUUGUACAUCAAGAUCUCUACAUACACAGCCAUUGUACAAGUAAACAAUGCAUAGAACCAAUAUUCAUAUCUCUCAUGUGUAGUCCUGUUGAAAAAAUAUUUGUCGUUUAGGGAUAGGGUGUAGUGGCCGUGGGUCCCACUCUGUCAAACCUUACAAGCAAUGAAGUUAUCAAACUCCCAUCUUUGAACACAUGCCUCUCUCCCCCUUCACCCCUCCAUCUCUCUCUCUCUCUCUCUCCAACCCACUUCCUUCUGUAAACCUUCUGUAAAACUUGUAAAAACUAAAAAGUUUUAAUCUUUUUAGCCAAAACUCAAGAUACCCAUUUCACCCUUUUCAAAGCUCUACAAAACCCACCAAUAUUUUCACCAUUUUUAAACAAAUCAAGAAACCCCACCAUCAAUUUGUGCUUAAACUCAUCACAGAAGGUAUAAACUCAUGUAAACUCAUAUACCCAUUUCACCAAACUCAAAACCCUUCAAAACCCAGAUGAAUUUUUCCAUUAUUUAACAAAUCAAGCAAAACCCACAAAUCUUUAACCCUAAAUUGACCACAAAUUGCAUAAAAAUCACACCUUUAUGAGCACAAUCUUCACAAGAAUGUUGUAGCUACUGUUAACAGUAGCAAUGGGUUGUGUAAUAUCCAAUCUCAGUGCUAAAUUCGCCUUCUUUCCACCAUCACCACCCACCUACCAGAUCAAGAAGCAAGAAAAUGGUAAGCUUAAUGCUAUAUACACGUCAUCAUCCAUGCCGCUGACGUCAGCAGCCGGUGGUGUUGAUGAUGGUGGUGGUAGUUGUUCAGUUGAUGUGUUGUCUUUGUGUACAAAAAGAGGCAACAAGAUUGUAGCUUUUUAUCUUAAAAACCCAUAUGCAAGACUCACUCUACUCUAUUCUCAUGGUAAUGCUGCUGAUUUGGGUCAACUGUUUGACUUAUUUGUUCAACUCAAAGCCAAUCUGAGGGUCAAUCUCAUGGGAUAUGAUUAUUCGGGCUAUGGAGAGUCAUCCGGCAAGCCAACUGAGCUUAAUACGUAUGCGGACAUAGAGGCGGUAUACGAGUGUCUCCAAACCGAAUACGGAGUCAGCCAGGAAGACUUGAUUCUAUACGGACAGUCGGUUGGAAGUGGGCCCACACUACAUUUGGCUUCUAAGUUACCGAGGUUAAGAGGCGUUGUUUUACACAGUGCAAUUCUUUCUGGCCUCCGCGUUGUUUGUCAUGUCGAUUGCAGAUUUUGCUUUGAUAUUUACAAGAAUGUUAACAAAAUUCGGAAUGUGAAAUGCCCGACACUUGUCAUACACGGUACGGAGGACGAUGUUGUAAACUGGCAACACGGAAACAGACUAUGGAAGAUGGCUAAGGACCCGUAUGAACCUUUGUGGGUCAAAGGCGGUGGCCACUGCAACUUAGAACUCUAUCCCGAUUACAUUCGUCAUCUUUACAAGUUCAUUUACGAUAUGGAAACGAUGACCACUAAAACCCAACUCACAAAGAUCAAACUAAAGGUCAGGUUACCAAAAAAGCCAAACCCCGGGAAGUCAACUGCCGGCUGCUAUUGUUGUUGUAUAAAAGUCGGUCGGCCACGCUGCCCGAAACCUCAGUGCCCGACGUGCAACAAGUGUUUCGGCAAGCCAAAGUGCCCGGAUUGUUUGGGACUCGGACGCUGCUGUUGUUUUAACUGGAACUCUUGUUGCUGGUGGCCGAAACUGAAAUGCCCGGAUGUGAAGUUACUUAAAUGCCCUUCGUGUUUGAAAUGCGGGUGCUUUACUUGUUUGGGCAAGUGCGGGCGGUGUUCUUGUUGGUGAUAUAGGUUUGUAUUUUGCGAUCAGGGUGGGUUAUGGGUAUACAUUGUGUUAGGGUUUCACAGUUGGAAAAGGUUAUAAGCGUAAUUUAACCCGUUUGUAUAGAUUUUGUUCUGAACUAGUGCCUGGAUAUGGCAAAACGGAUAGGGAUUUAGCGUUUUGAUAACAACUCGGUUUUCUCCAUGUU